GCGGCCACGACAGCAUCCUGCACGGCGUAGGGAGGAAAGGAGCCCCUAGGUCGUUCUGGCAGUUCAGCUACUCCAGCUCCUCUUUCCGAAGGGCGUCGGGGCAGGUCAGAACCUGGGAGGAGGAGCCGGGCCACCCCGGGGCUGCGUUCUCCUGUCACGUCCGAUGGAUGCAGCGUCCGGGCUCGGCCGACGGGAGCCAUCGCUGCCCUGGCGCGAGAGCCUCUUAGAAUCUCAGCCCUUCACGCGGGAAUUCCGUUUACUACAGCCGCCGACGCUGGUGGUUUGUCGCGGAAGUUCGGGGCCCGCAGUCCGUUUGGGUUUCGUAGCAGGUCUGAGGGUGGAGUCUUGGUGUCAGGCUCGGGACGUGGGGCAUUAUGGGCCAACGGGAUUUUGGAAUGGUCUCGGGGCAUUCUGGGAGUUGUAGUGUGUGGGCCACAGUGUAGUCCUAGGAAGUGUCGUCGUCCCAGGCCCCCUGGCUCUGGCGCUGCGUACGCAGGUGCCUGGCAUUCUGGCAGUAGUAGUGCGUGAGGGGAGCGCCUCAGCCCUCGCGGGGAGGCCGCGCUGUGCCGUUUCCCCCUGCGCUCCUCGGUCCCGCCGCGAGCCAUGUCUCAGGGGUCAGUGACAUUCAGAGAUGUGGCCAUAGACUUCUCCCAGGAGGAGUGGGAAUGGCUUCAGCCUACUCAAAGAGAUUUGUACAGACAUGUGAUGUUGGAGAACUACAGCCACCUGGUUUCACUGGCAGGUCUUAACAUUUCUAAGCCAUAUGUGGUUUCCUUAUUGGAGCAAGGGAAAGAGCCCUGGUUGGAGAAAAGAGGUGUGAGAAGAGAUCUGUUUUCAGAACCAAAUCGUGAGGUCAAAGAGUUUUCUCAAAAAAAUGUCAUUUAUGAAGAUGACUCACCCCAGUGUUUGGUAGUGGAAAGAAUUCUAAGCCACGGCCCUGAAUAUUCCAGUUUUAAAGGAGGCUGGAAAUUCGAGGAAGAUACUCAGAUGCAAGGAAAUCAGGGAUGUAUCCGGCAAGGAACAGUGUCUCAUCAGGGAGCCCUGUCUCAGCACACGAGUAUCAAUACCGUGGAGAGGCCCCAUGGAUGUCAUGAAUGUGGGAAGACUUUCAGUCGGCGCUUUUCCCUUGUGCUACAUCAGAGAACUCAUACUGGAGAGAAACCAUACGUAUGUAAGGAAUGUGGCAAAACCUUUAGCCAGAUCUCAAACCUUGUGAAACAUCAGAUGAUACAUACUGGAAAGAAACCCCAUGAGUGUAAGGACUGUAAUAAAACGUUCAGUUAUCUCUCAUUCCUCAUUGAACACCAGAGAACACAUACUGGGGAGAAACCCUAUGAAUGUACUGAAUGUGGAAAGGCCUUUAGCCGUGCCUCAAACCUCACUCGACAUCAGAGAAUUCAUAUAGGAAAGAAACAGUAUAUAUGUAGGAAAUGUGGGAAAGCCUUUAGCAGUGGCUCAGAACUCAUUCGCCAUCAGAUUACACAUACCGGAGAGAAACCUUAUGAAUGCAUUGAAUGUGGGAAGGCAUUUCGCCGUUCUUCACACCUUACUCGGCAUCAGAGCAUCCAUACUACCAAAACCCCCUAUGAAUGUAAUGAGUGUAGGAAAGCCUUCCGAUGCCACUCAUUCCUUAUUAAACAUCAGAGAAUUCAUGCUGGAGAAAAGCUCUAUGAAUGCGAUGACUGUGGUAAGGUUUUCACGUGGCAUGCAUCCCUUAUGCAACAUAUGAAAAUUCAUACUGGAGAAAAGCCCUAUGCGUGUACUGAAUGUGAUAAAACCUUUAGCCGGAGCUUUUCCCUCAUUCUACAUCAGAUAACUCACACUGGGGAGAAGCCCUAUGUAUGUAAGUUUUGCAAUAAGUCCUUCAGCUGGAGCUCAAACCUUGCCAAACAUCAGAGAACACACACUCUAGAGAACCCUUAUGAAUAUGAGAAUUCAUUUAAUUAUCACUCGUUCCUUACUGAACACAAAGAAAUUCACGCUAUAGAGAAAACAUAAGAAUAUGGAUUAAGAAAAGCAAACAGUUAAUGCCUUAACUUUGACUUCAAAGGAUUCUUGGAAAGAAGCCUUAUGUGAAUAUGUUCAAUGUGAAGAAAAAUGGGUCAUACUUGAUUCAACAUCCUGGAGAAAAAAUAACCUAGGAAUAUGUGGGAAAGCCAUUAAUAGCUUUGCAUUCUUUUUGUAAUAUCAGAAGAUGAAAUCAGUCAAUACUGAGAAACCUUCAUCUGGUGAGAUUCCCUUACUCUACAUUUGUAUCUUCCUACCAGACAAGGAUACGUGGCCAAUAGAUGUGAGAAAGCUUUUAAUUAGAAAUUGGCCCUAAUUCUGCAUCUGUCGGCUCAAACAGGGCAGAAUGUGUGGGUAAGAUUGCACUUUUUCUUGGACAUCAGAAAAUUAAUAUUGAAGCAAAGUCAUGCAAACACAAUGAUUCAGGAGUGUUUUUUGUACCAUGCAAUAUUUAUUAGGUUUUAAAAUACUCUUCUAAAGAGAAAACACAACACUAUAAAUGAACUGAAUAUAGGGUGACUUUCUGCAUUAUAUCAAACUACAGAAUUAUACUGGGGGAAAAACUACCAUUGUAAUGAGUGUGGCAAAAUCUUAAGAGUUCUGAGAAGUCAUACUGGAGGGAAUCUGUGGGAGGUUUUUUUUUUUUUUUCUUUUUUUUUUCUUCUUUUUUUGGGGGUGAGGUGAUUUUUGCUUUAAAGCAAAUUCAAAAAGCUAUGAAUAAAUAUUUUAUUUUCUAGUUAAUUAAUCUAGUACUUGCAGAGUUUUUUCCACACAUUUGUGAUUGUGAAAAUGCAACUACCACAAUAUCGAUAUCACUAACAAGAGUAGUGUGCUUUUGUUGAAACAUACAUGAUUACUGAAACCUUUUUAAUAUAUUAUGGCUUUAACUGUGAGACAAUUUAGAUUUAAGGUUAUGCUAACUCAUGUUUGUCCUUGAAUAUGACUAGACCUGUUUUAGUCUGAAAUAAAUGUAAAUAAGGUGUGUCACAGGAAAAUGCCAAGGUACUUUUCCUUUUGUUCCAUUUACAGUAGGAACAUUUCUUUUGUAAGCACGUAUUUGUCAAAAUAAAUCAGAUGAUGUUUUCACUCUCCAUGUA